UUAACCAUUCGACUGUCCGAUCGGAACAGUAGAUGCCCGAAGUUUCCAUUUUCACAAUACUAUGGUAUAGUGAAAGAAAAUAUUGAUUUGGACUCUGUGAUUGUGCCGAACAUCCAAGUGGAAGACGCCGAAAAAUUCCAAAAGCUUUCCUACGUAAUCACGGACGACAAUUCUCAAGAAACCUUUUACAUCGAUUCACGAGAUCCAUCUAACGUUUCCAUACGGGGUAGGAAACCCCUGGAUAGAGAUACAAUGCCGCCCAUUCUUCACGGGGUUUAUACACUAAUGGUCACUGCCAGAAACAAGAGAUGUUCGAAUUCUGUGAAUGUUAAGAUUCUCGUCGAGGACGAAAACGACAACAGUCCAGUCUUUAAGGACGAGAAAUUUGUUGUGGAAAUAAAAGAAAACACACGAAAAGGUCACGUGGUCAAGCAGCUUACAGCUUCCGAUGGUGACGAACUGGACGAUGGAAAGCUACGUUACUUUAUCGUUGAAGGUGACCCUAACGGACAGUUUCAGGUCGAAGAAAACUCGGGGGUCCUUUCAGUUCAAGUACCGCCCGAUCGAGAGGAAACUUCAGCCUUCAACUUGAAAGUUAUUGCUGUUGAUACUGCAGACAACACGGGCCUAACCAGUGUACAUGUGGUAAUAUUGGAUGAAAAUGAUUGGACCCCUACUUUUCUCAACGAAACGUUCGUGCUGAACGUUACCGAAGGUAGCGCUAGUGUGGGAGCAGGAAUACAACUUCCAGUAGUAGAUAACGAUGAUGGCAAGAACGGAGAGAUGGAAGUUUUCAUCGAUGAAGGCAACCGUGAUGGAUUAUUCAGAAUGGGUGUGGAGGAAGGAGGAGCAGUUUUGUCAGUGCGAAAGGAACUGGACAGAGAGAAGUACGCUGCCCACGGUUUUGCAACUCACGUUGUCAAGGUAGCAGCACGAGACAUGGGUAAACCACCACGGACUGGAGCCGCUCAGGUGAUUGUGAUAAUCCAGGACAUAAACGAUAAUCCUCCACAGUUCGAGAAAGAAGUGUAUUACCAUUUCCUAUCCGAGAGUGUUCCUGUCGGAACUGUGUUCGAAACAGUUAAAGCUAUAGAUGCGGACUCUGAUCGGAACACAAAUCUGUCUUAUUCUUUCGCUCCAGACCAAAGAAAUUAUCCUUUCGAGCUCGACGCUGUUCUCGGCACUGUUAACGUUACUCGACAGUUGGAUAUUUCCCAAGCUCAAGAAUACACUCUCCAUAUAGAGGCUUCAGAUGGACUCUGGAAAGGAACGGCUGUUCUGAAAGUAAUUGUUAGUCCAGCUGAAGAUCGAGAUCCUAGAUUUAAUAAACACCAUUAUAACUUUUCCGUGUUGGAGAACGCGGCUGGAGCCCUGGUCGGUCAAGUGGAACUGAAGCCCAGGACACAUCGUUUAAACACAGAAACCGUUUACAGCAUCAUCAGCUCUGAUACGAAAGAGUUAUUUAGCAUCACCAAGGGUGGGCAAAUCUUUACCAAGAUUGGUUUGGACAGAGAAAAACGUAGCAGGCAUACCUUUACAGUGAUGUUGGAAGAGCGCAGGCCGUCAACUAAAGUAGUCAUUGCUACAGACUUUGGAAACUUGAGCUCCUCAACUUUCCUGACGAUCACAGUUGAAGACGAGAACGACAAUGCUCCUCAAUUCCAGCAUGGUCCACUUCUGGUUAAACUUCCGGAAACCGCCAGUCCAGGGUCGAAAGUGGUACAAGUCAGUGCUGUGGACAGUGAUGCUGAAGGGAUCAACUCAAAAGUAGAAUAUAUUAUCACAGCUGGUGGAAGGAAUGAGAUCAGAAUAGAUCGAAUAACAGGGGAAAUCUAUGUUGUUGGAAUCUUAAUUCCCGAAACCUUCUACUUGCUGAAUAUUAGUGCUGUUGAUGGUAAAGGAUUAGGAAGAUCUACGUAUGUUAACAUCAGCGUUACUGACGUGAAUGAUCAUCGACCAACGUUUGUCAAAUCUGAAUACACUUUUAGUAUACUGGAAGGAGAUUAUCGAGAUCAGAGGUGGAAACUUGGAGUGCUACACGCUGUGGACGAGGACACGGGAAAAAACGGGCUUGUGGAUUACAAUCUGUUGAUGACGUUUGAUGAAGGCUUCCCGUUCAUGGUUGAUGUCCAUACAGGAGAGCUCUUCGCUAAAGGAAUUAUUGACCGGGAAACCCAGUUCAAUUACGUGUUUUCAGUCACGGCCUUGGAUUACGGUGAACCACCGCUAAAUUCCACAGUAAAGGUCACCAUAGAAGUGAAGGACGUAAAUGACGAACGACCACGAUUUUCAACUGACCUUUAUCUCGCCGACGUUAUCGAAAACAAAGAUCCUGGAUUAAAGGUUACAAGAGUGUCUGCGUUUGAUGGCGAUCUGGGAGAAAAUGGUCUGGUGUUUUAUCAACUCGGUGAAGGUCACAAGAAUCGAUUUUAUAUCGACAGUAAAGACGGAACAGUUUGGACCCUCUCAAAACUGGACUACGAGGAACAAGAAUCAUACAAUAUAACUGUUAUAGCUUACGACCAUGGGAAUCCAAGCCAAAGCUCCAGUGUGAAACUAUUGGUUAAUGUCAUAGACACCGAAGACAUUGCUCCAGAAUUUGAAAAAUCAGUAUACACACUAGAGGUCGCCGAAAGCUCGAAAGUUGGUAAAGUGAUAUUCAGACUGAAUGCUGGUGAAAGAAAGUUUCGAUACUUAUUGUCAGGUGACCAACAGGUGACAGAGACUUUCGGUGUAGAUGAGGUUACUGGAGAAGUUCGAAUUUUGAAAGCACUGAAGAACAGCUUCCAAAGUCAUUAUCGACUUCACGUCGUGGCAGUGGACAACAGUGACCCUCCAAAAUCGGAUAAAACUCAGCUGAAUAUCAUUGUUGGUACAGGCACUGGAGUCCGUUUAUUUUCUUCAAGACUUUACGAAAUUUCAGUUCAAGAAAACCAGGUGGCGCCUUUAUUAGUACUCGAUCUUAACACCACAAAAGAAAUUGCGCAUAAACCUGUGAAAUAUAGCAUUUCAGAGCAAGAUGUGGAUG